UCGUAGACUCGCUCGUUGUAUAUAUGUAGUUAUUACUUGAUCGAUCAUUGGAUCUCAUAUACACACACACAUAUAUACAAGGAAAAAUUAAAUACAUAUAUGUACAUAAUGCCUCAGGAUGUACAAAAGAAGUAUGGGAAGGCAGUGGCUUACAUGAUAGCAGGCACCGGCAGUUUGAUAGCGGCGAUUGCUAUGGCCGGUUUCAUGGCGGGCGGCAGCUUCAACGCGGCAGCGACGGCGAGAAUUACCCAUCAGCAGCGCGUUGCAUUUGAUGCAUUCGUGGUCAGCGAUGCGGUGGCCGUCGCGUGUUCUCUCGCCGCAACCUUCGCUUCCGUUAUGAUGAUGAUGAGAAUCUACGAAUCCAGGUUGCUUCAUCGGGUUGCAGCUUCACUGACCGUUUUGGGUCUCUAUGCCCUGUGUAUUGCAUUCGUGACAGGGAUGUACUCCCUCUCAUUGCCCCGCUCUCCUCCCAUUGCCGUCACUCUCCUUGUCUUCGGCCUUCUCUUUGUCCCGCUUUCCUGCUUCCUCCUUUGCAUCAAUAUCUACUCCCCCUAAGUGCAUUGAUGUAUGAGUUGCAAAUUUGACUUUUCUUAGUCAAAGAGUUUGUUCACUUCAUUAGGAUGUCAAUUUUUAAUUAUUUUCUAAUUUAGAGUUGGCAACUUUGAAAAUAUUUUAAUGUAGUUUUCCAAUCAAUCAAUCUCGCACAAUUGCUUUUAUUUUAUUUCUGUUUAAUUGUUGAAUUUAAUUAAUUCUUGAUUCCCUUUUUCCGUCCUUGUGGAGACGAUACUCGUAUUUAC